ACUGGAACCUGUGUCUGCCAAGCUCCAUUAGAGCUAUCAGCGGCCGGGGGGACGCGCUGCGAGGGGAGGGCGGGUGGUUCUGGUGCUUGAGUUUAAAAUACUCCUUUCUCGUUGUUUUCUUUCCUCCCUUUGCAAAGGCUCUGGGCUGAGCAAGACCGCUCCGGAGCCUGCCCCGCCGGCCGAAGCCGGGGUCCCGCCGCCGCGGGCACCGGAGCGCCGGAGGCGGCCGAUGGCUGCCCCGCCGGGCGCCGCGCCCCGCUGAGCUCCGCGGGCACUGGCGGCGAUCGCGCCUCUCCUGCCGCCGGCUCGGGUCGGAAGCAGAGCGGCCACCAUGGUCCGGUGCUGGUGGCUCGCCGGGCUGCUCUUAGCCUGCGCGGGCGCGGAGCCGCCGCUGCGCUGGGAGCCGCGGUGCCGGCAGCAGCUCCGCCACCUGCAGGACGGCGCCAGGAUCGCGGCGCGGCUGCCGCCCCGCCUGGAGGGCCGCUGGGUCUCCACCGGGUGCGAGGUGCGGCCAGGACCCGAGUUCCUCACCCGAUCCUACCUCUUCUAUGCCAACCGCCUCUUCAAGGCUUACCAGUUCUACUACUGGGACCCCUCCUGCCGCGACCCCUCCUACUCGCUGGUCAUCAAGGGCAAGCUCCGGCUGCGCCAGGCCUCCUGGAUCACCCGUGGGGCCACCGAGGCCGAUUACCACCUCCACAAGGUCGGCAUCGUUUUCCACAGCCAGAAAGCCAUGCGGGAGGUGGCCUCCUGGAUCAACCAGACCUCCAGCGAGGGCUGCAGCGGGUUCCUGCCCCCAGGGCGCACUUGGGCUCCCGGAGCCCUCUAUGAACUGCUGAGCGCCAAGACCGAGCGCGACUGCACGGCUGCUUUGGGCUUUGCCAUGCACGAGCUCAGCCUGGUGCGUGUGGAGCAGCAUUACCAGCCCUUGCUGCAGCCGCAGCAGAGCGGGAGCCGGCUGGUGGAGGAGCUGUACCUGGGGGACAUUCACACGGAGUGGCUGGAGAGACUCCACUACCGACCCACCGGUUACCAGCGACCUCUGCAGAGCGCCAUGCACCAUGUGCAUCCUUGCCCUGCUUGUGGGAUUAUCUACAGAGCAGAUGAGCAUCACCCACCCAUAUUGCCCAUCACAGCACGGCUGCCUAUGCAGCUCAGCGGCAGCUGGGUGAGCACCCACUGUGAGGUGAGACCUGCAGUGCUGUUCCUGACCAGGUACUUCAUCUUCCAUGGUAACAAUCACACUUGGGAAGGUUACUACUAUCACUACUCUGACCCGCUCUGCAAGCAGCCGACUUUUACCAUCUAUGCAUCUGGGCAUUACACACAAGGCAUCCCCUCCUCCAAAGUGCAAGGCGGCACAGAGCUGGCUUUUAAAGUCACCCAGGCUCGGGUGACGCCAAUGGACCAGGUGACGGUGACGAUGCUGAACUCCUCCGAACCUGGAAGCUGUGGGCUCUCUGGCUCCUGGAGCACUGGCGUGGAGCAGGAUAUAACACCCACAAAUGGAUGCCUGGCUUUGGGCAUCAGGCUGCCCCACACAGAGUAUGAACUAUUCAAAACAGAGCAAGACGCAAAGGAGCGCAGCCUGCUGUACAUCGGCGAGAGGCCCACGGACGGCUCCAGUCCUGACCGCCCGGACAAGCGGCCCACCUCCUAUCAGGCACCUCUGAUUCAGUGUGCUGGAGCACCAGAGGAAUUCUCUAACUAUGUUAGUCUAAAAUACUUGGGAAAAAAGGAUGCUAAUGGGAAUGAAGCACUAAAACCUUUGCCUGUGGCCUUUCUAUUGUUUAUAGCACUUCUGUUUUUAAGAUGGGACUAGUUACCUAUUGAGGUACAGCACAGAAUUCAGAUAGUCUUGGUGCUAGUGUGAUUUUUAUAUCCUUCAAACGAGCACAUCUGGAAGCAGUUCUUUCCAGAUUUGGAAACUCUUUAAAAACAACCAGCAGCAGUGAGCGAAGCCAAGCAGAUACGCCUGACUACAUGCUGUUUGUCCUGUGGCUUUAUUGCCUCAUCUCCCCUCUUUGCCUACAAUUUUAAUGUAGUGACAUGGAUGUGCUGCACAUUGCAAUACAUAAUUUAGCAAUAUGAGGGGGGGGGAAAGCAACAUCAAUUACAAUUACUGCUUUGAGCUUUCGACAUUGCUAAGAUUUAAUCAAGAGCUUGAUUCAGAUGUAAUUCAAACAUCCAAAGCAUAGGCUGCUGAGUUCCUCUGACUUUUAAGUUCCCUCCCAUCAUACUCCUUAUUGCUGCUCUUGCAAAUUUAAUCUGCAGAGUCAGGCAGCAAUAGAUAAAGCAGUCAGCAAGGGUUCUUGAUAAGGGUGGAAUUAAUCAUGCCUUUCUCAGUUUGCAGACAUCUUCUGCAGUUCUCAUGUGCAUGGACACACACACAAAGAUGCGAUACACAAUCUUCCACUCACAGAAAGCAGCCCUGGCAGAGCAUUACAUCAGCAGAGUGUUACGCCUGACCCUGGUCAUUUAAGAUGACACAGUAAAUGGAGAACACUCCAACCUUCAGCAUUACCCAGCUGCAGACGCUGCAUCCUUGCUGCAUUAUCCUGGCUUUCUAGUGCAGGACUGGCCUGUGCUUUGGUACAGGGGCACUGCCCCAGGUCACUGCCCGUCCACUGUGACUCCGCUCGCCAUGUUCCAAGCAGAGCAGAAGCUCACAAGUCUUGUCAGGCCAUGUAUUUUACUGUUUCCCUUUUAGCAAGUUUACUGGCAUAGCAGUUGUUAAUCCAGCUCUCCUUUCAAUCAAAAUGUCACUUCCAGCCUCAUUCCUGUAGAGAUGCUUUAUAAAUCUGCCUCUAGUGAGUGAUGGGCUGAGCAGAUACUGGAGUCACGACAGCACAGUCGGGUCCAACUGAUUUCCACUGACAAGGACAAACUAAGAAAUUAAAAUCCCUGUCUGCCGCAGCUAAGAAGCAUACAACUCACGUGGAGAAGCCCUCCUCCCAGUAGCUAAAUCCUUUCCAAAUAAGCCUAUAUAUCUUACUCACAAAGGGUAUUUUGUUAAACCAGCUAUGCAAUAGCUACCUUCUUAAUGCUGUAUGUAUGAAUUUGAAGCUUGUAUACUUAGAUAAAUUAUGGGGUUUAUAGCACAAAAAUACUUUUGAGGGAUUUGUACAUUAACUAAUAAUUCAAAUGAGAUGCUUAUUAAAUGCGUACAAUUGUGACAUA